GUUUGGAGUCAGUUUCUUCGAGCUUUUUGAGCUUUGUAUCAGCUUUAAACAUGAAUUAAUGGGACCGAUGAGCAAACGUACACAUUUCUUUGGCUCAGACAUCCCAACCCCCAUCUCCACCCCUCCGCUUUGCAGUGCAGACGUUGGCUUCAGCCUUAAACGUGUGUGUGUGUGUGUGUGUGUGUGUGUGUAUGUGUGUGUGUGUGGAUGGGGAUGUAAGGUGGUGUGCCGUGCGGCUCGUUGUGUGUAAGGAGGAGAAGCCGCUGCCUCCUUUUCUUCCCCUUUGCAGACAAAAAGCUGGACCCGCUCCACCAGGUCUGAGACGGUUCUACGCAGCACUUUUCUGGAUAAUUAGUGGAAACAGCCUUUAAACUCAGAUCCCAUCAGACGACCCGUCCCCUCCCUGGUUUUCCCAACAGGCAGUUAUGGCAGACGGCAGGCAGCCAGGCGAACACUGGGCCUCAAACGGCCAGGAGAACAGUGAAAAUGGAUACUCUGCCUACAGCUCGGCAUACCGGGAGAAUGGUUACCAUGGUGGAGCGGCUGCACACUCAACAGUGGAUGAGUCGGCCAAUUUGCCUCCCUCCCCUCCCCCCUCUCCAUCCGCUGAGCAGAUCGGGCCCGUGGCACAAGAGGAGAAGGUAGAGGGUGUCAGUCAGCAGCAGCAUGAGGAGGAGGAAGAACUGGAGGCUCCAGAGGAGCCCAGCAGUAACCAAGAGGAAGUGUCACAUGAGCAACCAGGAGUCUUGCACUUAGAACAGACAGAUUGUUUAGGAGAGCCCCAGGCUUUGGGCAUCCACAAAGUCCAGACACCUAAAGCCAUCAAUGGAGGAGGUCAUCAAGCUCAUCCAGACGAGAGCGAGGCAUCCAUUGAGUCAGACGUCAAAGAAGAAGAGAUGCCACUAGAUGAAAAACAGACAGCUGUUGAGAGAGCAAAACCUGAAGAACUCAAUUUGAAUGAACCAGCCCUUCAUCUCAUAGAAGAGGAAAAUGUACCUGAAGCUUCUUCGGUUGAACAAGUUCACGAAGAGGAAAGAAAUCCAGCAGAAGUCACUGAAAGGGUCAAGCUUUUGGAGUCUACAGUAAAGGGACAUGAAGAAACAUUACAACCACAAGACAUAUUAAGUCUUCAGGCAAAAGGAAACACAGGAGUAGGCUUACUAAGUAAACUGGAUUCUGCUCUGAAGGAAGGCAAAGACAAGUCAGGACUGGUUGAAACAAAAGGAAAGGACGGACAGGAUGAUCCGAGUCAAGAAACAGUGGAUUUGAAAUCCUUAUCUGUAGAGCACAGCUCUGGAAUAAAAACAUAUUUUGAGACAACCUCAAAAAUCCAAGAAGACCCAUCACAGAGCUACUAUGAACUAAGUUUAACACCAGAGACAACAUUUAGUGGAGAAUGUGGAGAGGAGAAGACAUUCAGGACAACACCUGGUAAAAUGUCAUUGGAACAAAGAAGUAUAUCCUUGAACAUUACUUCAGUGGGUCAGACGGCGAAGGUGGACAAGUCGAAGGCAUUAACCGAAGGCUUGUUUCCUAUUAGUGGAAGCUUUGAUGAAUCAGAGGUUUCUCCUUCGACUCCACUUGUUGAUAUUCAAACACCUAGCUAUCCUCCAGGAAUGUUGAAUACUCCAGCAUCUACUAUUUCACCAGAAGAUAUCGCCCCAAAAGCAGAAGCACCUUCUGAUCAGCACAGAUCAAGUUUUGAACAAUCAGGAAGCCUCUGUGAGAUGUUGGACUUGGCCGGGGUCUUACCUCAUCCAUCACUACAGAAGCAGGAGGUUGACUACAUGAGGAGGAAGUCGAUACCUGCUAAUGUGCUUGUAGUUAGUUCAUUGGACAAACUUGCCAUGACAGAGGAGGAUCUUGGCUACUGUGUGUUCAAAGAAUAUUCAGCACCAAUGCCUUCUCCAGCUGAUGCACCUUGUACUGGGGAAUGUCCAUGCCAACAUUUUCCCUCAUUGAAGGGUGACUUAGAAGGGAAUCUUGGUGUCUUGGAAGUUAAAGAUGUUCAACAAGAAAAUCAAAAGGAAUUGGUGUUGGAAAAGAAAGAAUCACCUGUAAAGUCUACCCUGAAUCUUGAAAGAGCUGUGCCAAGUGGGAUAAAACCUGAUCGUCUACGGAUCCCAAUCACGACUUCGAAAGAUAGACUCACUGAACUUCGUCUGGAAACUGGCCUACCUGGGGACAUAAAGAUCCAAGCAAUUCCUGAGGUUGAAAUUGAAAAAGACCCCUCAAGAGAGGCCUCUCCCAUCCCACCAGACAACUCAUUUACAUUUACUACAGCAGAAACUGGAAGCAAAGUGCCGCUGACUCCUACCACUCCUAAGUCCCCAGCUAAAACAUCUUUAGAAAACCAAAGCUCUGAAGAGAGGGUAACAAAAGAUGAACCAACAGAGUCCAUUUCAGUGUCUGAUGGGCUUGACAGCAAAACAGAAAAAGAGAAGGUUAAUCCUGAUGUCGAAGUUUCUGAAGAAAGGAGUGAUCAACAAGACAUGACCGACAAAGGCACGUCAUUUCAAACUUUACACUAUGGCAGUGAAGAAAAGGAGGACCUUAUGAUUAAAAGUGAGCAUGAGACACCUGCAAGAUUAGAGGAAACAGAAACACAAGAGACCUCAAGUACUGCUCAGCAUUUAAGCAUAGAAAAGCCGCUGAAUGUCCAAGUCCAGUCAAAGGAAAUGACUCUGACUAAAGACUCACCAAGCCCACAAAUAUCUUCUCCAAUCAUCAUAAUACCUCAAGUAGAAGAUGAUGAUGAUAUUGAGAUAGCUGAAGAGCCUCAAGAGAUGAUGGAAGAGCCUGAAGAGCUUAAGUUGGAAAAAACAAAUAAUCCAGUUGGAGAACUUGGAUCUGAAGAGCAGAAGAGGAGUCAAGUGAGGCUGAUGGUAGAAGAUCAGAUGAUGGAAGAUGAUCCAAAAUCCGGAGCAGAAGAAUGGAGUCACAGUGCUCUAAACAGUGACGAUGCAGAGCCUGCAACAGACAGUUCUCACUUGUCUCCAUGUUCUGACCAUGAUUUACUGCAGCAUUCAGAGGAUGCACUAGAAACCGAAGACAUGGACCAGGAUAAAAAAGAAGGCAUAGAGUUAGGCAAUGUGGAAGGAAUGGAAGAGAAUGAAGAAGUAAUGGAUCCAACAAAGACUGUGAAGAAAGAAGUCUCUGGUGAAGCAGAAGAGAAGAAAGAAAAUGAAUUAAUUGGGGAAAAGGCAGCUGAUGAAACUACAAUGGAUGUGUCAAUCCUAGAUACUGACAGUGGCUGGAUGGACUCACAAGAUGAGGAUAAAAGUAUCAUGACUGAGCAAAUCGAGGCCCUUCCUCUGACCCAGACUAAACCGUCUUUGGUGGUGGAGCGACCUUCGAAACGAGGUCCUACCAAAGGACGGCGUCACCCUGGCACUGCUGAUUGUAAAGUGUCAUGCAAAACUCCAAUCCACCAUCCACCAAUGGAGGAGAAAAUAAAGAAAAAAGUAGGUGUGAGGAGGGCUGACCAGAAUAAGGUGUCAGCCCUCCAAAGUCGCUCUCCUUCUCGAAAAAGUGGAGCCAAAGUGACGGCCAAACAUCCUAGGCCUGCUCCGCUUCACGUCACUGUUAGACGCAAGCCCACAGGUGUGGACCACCAUCAGCCGCUCAGUGUGUCCAGAGAGAGGCCCACUGAGCGAACGUACCGCAGCCCUGAGAAGAGGUCAUCCCUUCCCAGGCCGGCCAAGUCGCUGACUCGCCACAUUCCUGCUUCUGAACAAGAAGACAACAGCACCCCCUCUAGGCCAACCUCGAUCCGAACCGACUCCAGGGAGAGCAGGUCUGGAAGGGCCCCUAGUAUGGCAGGCACAGACUCAACCCGUUCCAGGUCAGUCCGUAGCGGCGCCUCCACUCCAGGCUCAGCUGUGACACCCGGCACGCCCCCCAGCUACUCUUGCCGUACCCCUGGAUCUCGCACCCCUGGUAGCCACACCCCGAAAUCCUUCAGCGUCCUCCAGGAGAAGAAGGUGGCGGUGAUCAGAACUCCGCCCAAGUCCCCGUCCUCCAUCCAGCGGCAGCUAAAGGUCCUCAACCAGCCCCUGCCUGACCUGAAGAAUGUGAAGUCCAAGAUUGGGUCCACGGCCAACAUCAAACAUCAACCAAAAGGAGGACAGGUUCAGAUUUUAAGUGAGAAGCUGGACUUCAGUCAUGUUCAGUCAAAAUGCGGCUCCAAGGAUAAUCUGAAGCAUGCGCCUAAAGGAGGCAAUGUCAUGAUCCCAAGUGUAAAGCUGGACUUUAGCCACGUUCAGGCUAAAUGUGGCUCCAUGGAUAAAGUCCACCACACAGCUGGUGGGGGAAACGUUCACAUCCAGACCAAGAAGGUUGACUUGAGCCAUAUCACCUCCAAAUGUGGCUCCAUGUCCAACAUUCACCACAGACCAGGGGGGGGUAAUGUGCGUAUUGAGAAUGUGAAGCUGGAUUUCAAAGACAAGGCCCACGCUAAGGUCGGCUCCAUGGAUAAUGCCAGCCACACUCCCGGAGGAGGGAAUAUCAUGAUCGAGAGCCAUAAGCUGAGUUUCCGUGAAACGGCCAAAGCGCGCGUGGAUCACGGUGCAGAAAUCAUAGUCACCCACUCCCCGGGCGUUGAGACCGGGGGCACCUCUCCUCGCCUGUCCUCUGCCGACGGCAUGAACAUGAUGGAUUCGCCUCAGCUGUCCACGCUGGCGCAGGACGUCACCGCCGCCCUGGCCAAGCAGGGCUUAUGAGCUGCUAGUACAGAAAAAAAAAAAGAAU